AUGCGGGACGAUCUAGGUCCCGUUCAAGCUGCGCUCUUGUGGGUGGUGUUAUCUCUCAAGCGGGCGUACAAAAUGAUCGAAUCCAAUGGUUCCUUAUGGGCAUUGUUUUUAAUAGACCGGACAUGUUGAAGAUGGUGUCUUGCUGGAUGAUAUUGACAGUAUAACACUUAGACUGACAUUUCAUUGGCGUCAAAGUCAAAGUAGAGCCAAUGGCUCACCAAUAGUUCUUUUCUCGUACGACCGCACAUCUCUAGUAUGUCGAGUUCUGACAAUGGUAUGUUGCGACAAUACACACAUUACAACUUGUUCUCGUCCCUCUUCAUAUCCCAAAACGUAUCGGCGAUGUAGACGGCGGAUGUUGACAUUUAAGCGCAUCACGCUGGGGAGUCGGAGUCUUUUUCUAUUCAAGUUUAAGGGUCUAGACGAGAUCAUGAUGUCUCUCGAGAAGGAUUACGAGCACGACGCGAAGGACGUUAAUUUAAGGCUAGUUUUUCACUAUCCCACGUGGACUAUGCGGAGGGAAGUGCCCCUUGAUUUAAAGGGGAAAAUAAGGGAGGAAGAGGACAAGUCAUUCAACCAGGCAUGGGGAAAAACUAGCGUUAAUCAAUGCGGAGGCGAUUCACACAAUGAAGCAGCAAAUUGGAUUAGAGAAAGAGAACAGAGGACAUCAGCAUCAUGAUGAUGAAGAUGCGACGACUAUGGAGGUACUGCCGAGGAGGAUACCAUUGAGAAUAAGUACAUGCACGUAGAAACUAUGAUGUUCUUGUUCUCGAACCUUAAUAAUAGAUCUUGUUUUCAAGUUCAACGACCAACUCAGCAAAAACUAUGUCAUCUUCAAGAGCAUCUUCAAUGUAUCCUCCUAUUUGUUGUGAAUUUUUACAGUAGAUACUACAACAACUAGGCGUCAUAACAUCAGUGAACUUGUGCUCAUUCCUGUCUUUUUUCAUGCUAGAGCCAGCACAUAGCUUUUCACCCUUGUAUCAAAAAAUCCGAAAAGCCACAACUACCUUGGAAGUCCCACGCAUCAUUUUCAACAGCGUCUGAAAGCUAGGAUGAUGUCUUGCGGGAAAAGCAUGAAGAAAUGCUUCGACCCGAAAUCGUGGUUCAAGAAAAGAGAGAUGGACGAUAUGGAUUUGACGGAAGCUGACGUUAAGGCUACCGUGAACCUAUCUUUUACACAGAGAAUCUUCUUUAAGCUGCUCUCAGGUACAACGUGAACAGACGAGCUAAAAGAUACUCUAAUAAAGAGGGGUCGGAUCUGUUUCGUCUUGCCGGUAUCUUAGGAAGAUUACCGGCAAGACGCGAAGGACUGACUACCUCUAAGGACGACUUCGACCUGGGCUCCUCAGCUAGUUCAGACCAUAGAUCGCCGUUUGCGGCUGGCGACCUUUCAACACGAGAACGCGCGAGGCGGCUGAUGAAACACCCAAAAUUUGAUCAGGUAUAAGUAUUUACUUACGUAAUUUACAAAAAAGGGAGGUUUAUUACAUCUUACUACGUUCUCGUAUAGAUGUCAUUCCAUGCAACAGUCAUUGGCCAGACAUCGAGAACCUAACGAGGUUUAUUACAUCGAGUGACGUAAAGUGGAGUAGAAGAUACUGAUACAUCGUUGAAUUACUACAUCACAAGAUGAUUUAUUUCAUAUUCGUAAAUCGUAUCCAUAACCUUGAAUCUUACAACACACAACCUUGAACCUUACACGUUCUUGAGCGUUCAAAAUUUAAGUAACUGCCACACGACCCUUAUUUUCCCUAUCCUACUAUCUCAUGAUCCUAUCCUAUCCUACUAUCUCAUCCUAUCCUAUCCCAUCGUCUUUCUGUCCCAUCAAACAGUCCCAUGCCCAUCAAACACGAUAACCUUCUCCAGAUUAUUCUCAUUUGUAUCGCGGCGUCUUCGAUUUUGAUGGUUGUGAAUACGCCUCUGAGCGACCCGCGGGAGUCGAUUCAAGAAUUUUAUUUCGCGAUGGACUGGGUAUUCGGAAUCAUCUUCACCAUAGAGAUGGUCACGAAAAUGAUCGCCAUGGGUGUGCUUUUAUGAUAGACGGAUUAAUGGAGAUGGACGGGUUGAUAAGUGAUAGGUGCCGCGGGAUUGGCAUAUUUUCUUUCAGACGAGGAAGUCAAUUCGUUGAAGAAGUUCGUUGGCGCAGCGGGGGUGUGAAGCAUAAUAUUAUAUUCGUCAAAUUAAUAUAUAAUUGAUUGCUUAUCAUCAGAGCGUUUCAAAUGAUCUAACCCGUUUCUUGACUGCUCUAACCCGUGUGAACAACAAUCCUUCGCCCGAGCAAUUUGCGGAACUGCAGGAGGAACUGGAGCAACAAGAGGUAGAGGAAAAGGCCUUCCAGAAAGAGCAGGAGCGACAGCGCGAAGACGAAGAAGCGGAGGAACAUUAAGCAGAUUGGAGUAGUACUGUACUGCUAGGUAGUAGAAUCGAUAGGACGAAUUACAGAAGAAAUGCACAGAAAGGAAGAUAUUAAUUGUGUCAUAUUUUUAGGGGAAACCAAGAUAAUUGCGUAAAAUAAGUUUCUUGAAGUGUAAGGCCAAUGAAAUUUUUAGGGGAAACCAUUGCUAGUUGGAAACCACUUCUAAGAACGAAGAAGAAGAGACCAGCUCAAGACGUGGGAAGAGGAGCGUAUGGAGGGUUUUUGUGAUGAUAAGAUAAGAUUUCUACUGACCAACAUCAAGAAGAUGCUGCAAGUACAAACGUCAACUAUGUUUCCAACUUUGUUUUGUACCAGCAAAAGUGAUAGAGGUACUUCUAGAUCUGGAAUUAUAGUUAAAAACCCCUAUUCCCUGAAAACAAACAUCAACAUCAGGUGAGCGAGCGCGGGCAUCCAUGAACUCAGGCUCGGCAAAGACGCUUUCGAUGGCGCGAGGAGAGAACAUCAAAAGAAGAGAUUCAAGCGAGGACCAAGAUGAUACGGAAGAGGGGGUCGAAGAGAUCGAACGAAUGAUUGCCGCGGAGAGAGCAGCUGCUGCUGUCCGGGCAAGCGUAUCUCUUUGUCUACCUGUAGAUCUACAUGUUUCCUUUUUCUACGAGUGAGACCGGUAAGGCGUUGUAGUUCCUGACGAUCUUCAAUAAGAACACUAUUGAUACUAUGUUGGAAUGUGUUUAUCGAAAAAUCCUUAGCCUUCCGUCAGAGAAGUAUGCUGACUAAUAUCAUAACUAGAGAGCAAAAAUGGUGGUUUUCCAAACAACCGGCUCGAACAAGCACUGGUAACUUGUUUUCUACGAACAACAACCGACUCCAACAUCGAGAGUCGCACACAGCACACAUGACCGAAUCCCGAAUCUUUUUUCCUCAAUCGCUUUUUUCCUCAGAUGAAAUCGGGAGGCAGUCUUUUGGCUGUUUUCGGAAAUCAGGAGAACGAGGAACCAGAGGUCGUGGACAUCGACGAUGACGUGGAAAAGCAUUCCGGAAGCACAAGUUCCAGUCUCUGCGCGGUAUUUUUUUGGUCCGUUUCACUAUCUAGAGUCUAUCCAUGAUCAACCGUUAUAGAAGACGUAGAUAGUGAGUGAGUAGCACUGUAUCUAGUAAGUGCUGAGUAGCACUAUUCACUAUCUAGAGUCUAUCCAUGAUCAAAUGUUCUGAUCAAUGUGUUGCAAAACUAGAGUCAUCUUCCUCACUAUCUAAGUCUAUGCGAGUAGCCCGUAAUAACUAUUUGGAUCGUGGUGAGUAGCACCAUGUAUUUAGCACUAGCUAACUAGUGAAGGCUCUAGUAGUACAGAAGAUCCGUAGAAUAGCGGUUACAGCUUCCCUACCGCCCCAACAUCAUAUUGUACACCACAGAUAUUGUACACGACAGAGUACCAGACGCCAUAUCUUGGGGAUCCUUGGAACAUCCUCGAUUUUAUCGUAGUGUGUGUUGCGUGGAUUGAGCUGUUGCAAGUGGUAGACGGCGGUAGCUUUCUGAAAGUACUGCGUCUCUUCCGCACGUUGCGGCCGUUGCGCAUGAUCAGCAGAAACCCGAAUUUGAAACUAGUUGUAACCACGUUGUUCAAGUCCUUCCCACAGCUUGUCACGCUGUGCGUAUUCGGUGGCUUCAUCCUCCUGCUUUUCGGAGUCUUCGCAACCUCAUAUUUGAAAUUAUGCCGAAUGAUUUGAACCUCGAUAAUUAACCACGUGAAUGGAAUUAGUUGUAACUGCUAAUCUUAAAACUUUAGCUUUUAGUGAUACGGUCUGUCUGUGUGUUCUAUUGGAUGCCCUUGCAUGGUUUCUUUUUUUUGGUCUUGCAAGGUCUGCCAGAUUAUUGGAUGCGAUUCCGACAACUGAUCUAAUGCAAGGCGCGCUUAACGAAUGCAAAGACUCCAGCGGAUCGCCCAUGGAAUUUUACAACUCGACCUGCAGAGACUCGUACUGCAACGACCUGCGAAACUUAAGGGUUUCCGAAUGACAUUAUUCCCCACUGCCAUCCUUGGCCUUUUUCUUAGUAGAAAAGAAGCCAGGUACUACAACUGAGGAGUUAGCGAGUCCCGCAAAAAUCUCUAAGAAACGGCUACUGCAUGGACCGCGACAACUACAAUUUCGUAACCUAUGCACGCUAUCCGGAGAUCGAUCCGGAGGAUCCCUACAUUCAAUUGCGACACACAACCUUACCGACGACAGCGGCGGCAGCGGCGGCAGCAGCUUUAUGAAAGAGAGAGAGAGAGAGCAGGACGAGCACGAGCAUGAAAUACUUCCACAUUUCAUGCACAAAAAAUUAUAUGUACUCACGACUAAGUACUGUUACUAAGCUCUAUGAUCAUAUCAUGUUCCUUCGAUGUAGACUCUGCGCUGCAGUUUGCUGGUUAAUGCCUAGUACGUGCACGUCAAAUCUACUUAAUCCACCCGUUCAUUCUAUGGCUCGGCGACGGACGAGCGCACUCUAGUGGACUUCAGGACAGACGCGUCCUACUGGUCAUCGAACAGGAUGUGCUACGAGCAGUUGCGGUACACCUUCUUCGAGCCCGCGAGUGAGAUAACCGCUGCCCACGUGAACGUCACGUACGCAGGUGCGGCAAACCCUCCCGCGCUGUCUUCAUUAGCGAAGACCAAUUUACUCUAUUUAAGGCUUCCUCUAAUCGUCCACUUUCGGAAGCAUCUCUAAGCCUCCCCAGAAGGGAAAAUCAGAACCGAGAUGAGUCUCGAGGUGGAUGAGGCUGAGCUCUAAUCUAUCAGCCCUCGAGGUCGAACAGUAAAGCCUACGUCCCGGAUACCUACAACGAGUCCUUCUGGCAAAUGCAGUAUCCUGAUGCUGCGACGCGAGAAAAUAAGAUCUGGGAGGAGAUACAGAGCUAAGGGGGUUUAGUUUGUCUACAUAAAUGAUUAUUUUGUUGUUCUCGUUUUUGAUUUUUGCUACUUAGGCUGGUUCCACCGAGAUUGUAAGCGUGCUGUCAGUCAAUUGUUGUUAACAUAAGCGUGCUGUCAGUCACUGUGCUUUUCUACGCGGAUAAUCGUACCAGCUAUCCAUCGUGACUGAGUCCUCGAUGUCCAACAAGCGCUAAGAGAUGCGUUAUGCGCCAGUGGCUCGCGCUUCUCCCGACACUCCCAUGUGUGUGUUAAAUUGCGCAGCCGAGCCAGCUAGUAAUCACGCUUUCUGUGCAGAGAGCAAGAUAGUGCCUGCUCAUGAGGCCCCCACUAUCGAGGGCGCAGAGCAUGGGUUCGUUAAGGCAAUUAGAUAAUCCUUAAUUAGAUACACCUUCUGGGUUCGUUCGUGGAGGGAGCAUCCUCAGCGUCAUCCUUGCUUGCCUACCUUUCUCAGGGGAAAAAGGGCCACGGGCAAGGAUGCUACCAAGGAUGCGACUCCAGUAGCUCUAAGUGCGUCUUCGACAAGAACAUCUGGGGACACCGCGUGAUGCAGUGCACGGACUGCUUCAGUGCCUUCUGCACAGAGUCCGACGCUGUGCAAACGUACGAUGAGUGCAAGUAUCAGUGCGAGGGACCCGAAAGCUACAACGUCUACUGUACCUCGGACGCCUGUAAAUCAGAGGGCACGGAUAGUAUAUCACAAUUAAGGCAUCGUGUUCACGACUCCUUCUGAUCAGGCAUGUUCCACUUCUAGUACUCCUUCUCCAAGAACAACAGAACUUCUUCCAUCUUCCUGGCUCCGUAAUCGGGGACCACGAAGAUGCUUCUGGGCAUGUUCCCGGCGAUCUUCAUUACAGUUCUAACAAAAGGUUGCGCUACGUGCAGAGCGCAGUGCAUUGCUCAGUGUAGGUGUCCGGACGUCUGUCAACCCCACAUUGAGGCUGCCACCUCUUGUAUUCUGGCGGAGGGGCGCUGGGCGCCAGUGGUGAAAGGGAUGGGAUUCGACAAUAUUUUGUUAUGGCCUUAUUUAUACUUAAAUUGUGCAAAGAUCAGGUUGUCGUUGUCCGAAAUUGUUGUCAUUCUUUGUCUGUGUAAAAAUCUCAUCAUGGUUGUCCUUGUGCAGGACCACUACUCGAUGACACGUAAUACUAAAUCGCUUAUUUAGAACUAGAAGAAGUAAAUACCAUGCUUGUCGCAACGUAGAAUGAGUACUCUAGUACCGUGCCUACUGCUACAUAGUCUUCAACAUGAUGAAGAAGGACUGCAUCAGUCAAUCAAUUACAUCUGGGUUACAACUUGAUAUUAUAUAUGUUUUGUCUGCUACAUAGUUUUCACGACAAAAUUAGUGUAUGUUGUUAGUGCUUAUUAGCGUAUGGGUUAUACACUUCUUCGGCCAUUUUAUCGUCGCAGGAAAUGUUUCGUCUUGACGUUGAUUUUGUACAAUCACCUGAGACGUAAUGAUGAUGCCUCGUCUAAUCCGAGAGGCCGCUUUCACCCUGUUCCAAGUGAUCACCACAGAAGGUUGGGUCGUAGUAAUGCUUGCUGUGGUCGAUCAGGAUGGGAUAUUCCAGGACCCUAUCCGCGAUAACACCGAACUUUGGGUUGUCUUCUUCUGGGUAUAUUUUAUGGACAGGAUUUUUGACUGGGCGGGCACGCUCCAUGCUGAGGAUGAGAAAGUCCUUUUACUUUUUUAACAGGGGAGGAGGUGGCGUGCGCUUAUUCUAUUCACCUCGAUAUGAGUUAUGUUAUUGAUAACGUUAGAUUUUCAUUCUGUGGAAAGAUGAUCCUCAUCCUCAAUUUUCACCCCAUCAUGCAUAUCAAUCUUAACCGUUGACCCUCACCCAAUCUUGACCCUCGACCCAUUCAUGCUUACCUUGGUGGGGUACUUCUUCUUGGCGAACGUGGUGAUUGGCGUCAUCAUCGACAAUUUCAAUCAAAUGAAGCGGGAAGCGGAAGAAGGGACGAACGAACAGAAGGUCUUGUCCGAGGCACAGCACCGGUGGUACCAAUGCCAGAAGAUCUUCUACGCCACGCGGUCCUUCUUUUAUGGCAUAUGGUUCUGGAUUUGGUGUCAAUAACGUUUUGGUAUACCAUGAAGUAACCAGCGUUUUGGUGUCUACAACACAGGCGAAGGGACCUGGGACAGUGGGACCUUUUAAGUACUUUUUACAAGAAAGUAGAAGUAGAACUACAUUGAAAAAGUAGAUUCCCUCUGAUUAUAAUCGUCAGAGAAAUCUUAGGCAUCUUGCCGAAUAGAUUCAAAUCAUCAUAAUCUGUCGACUGCCCUUCUAAUCUUCUUUGAUCACCAAUGUGGAGACACUCCCUCCAGGGCAGCGGUGGCUCUUCUUCACAGUCUCCAGCAAGCGAUUCGAGCGUUUCAUCAUGGCUGUGAUUAUCCUGAAUAUCGUGGCCAUGACGUUCACUAUGUUAUGGCCAGCUUUUCUCCAUCUUUCCCAGCAUCUUCUUGGUGCCUUUUUGUUUUUUUUUGUAUUUUUCAUCUCAUGAAAUAAUACUUACAGGGGUGGAAAAAGGGCCCAGAUGAGGGGGCCGAGAUGAGGAACGCUGGCGCUAACUCUGCACCCUGAACCGACCGAUGAAGACUCGUUGGCAUACGACCUCUUCCAGAACAUUCAGCCGAUCAACUUCUUCUCCCUCAUUUAAGGCACAUUUGAAGCAUAUGCGGCAUACAGAAAUGUAUGUAUCUUCCCUUCUGCCGCCAUAGGCAUUUAAAGGAAUUCGGUAACGUGCAGCGUAAAGGAACUCUGUAAAAACGUGUAAAGGAAUUCUGUAACGUGCACAUUCUGUAGCGUCUGUAUUUCGCCAACUUUUUACUCUCCAAAAACUGGGUCCCUAUCAUUGUCCUCUACUGCUAUCGUAUAUAGAUAUAGGUUUUUUCCUAGUUAGGUUGGCACCACCACUAUAUAUAGAAUUCGUCUCUUGUCUCUUCUUUUGUUUUGCAUCUACUCAAGCUUGAAUUCCGUCGAGACAAGGUAUGCCUCUCUUGUCUUCGCGCCUGACCCUCACCCUCCCGCGUAUUCAUGUCCGCGUUUUCAACAUUGAGUUCUUGCUCAAGUUUGCGGCUUUCGGAUUGAGCUAUUUUCAGGAUUGGUGGAACCGAUUCGAUUUUGGAUGUGUUUUGAGUUCAAAUUAUGGCGAUCAAACAACAGAGGUUCGACUGUCAAAAUAGGUUCUUCUUUAAUCAGGAGCACCUGCAUUACAGCAGAUUGGUUAAGAGGUAGGUGAAGUCAAAAAAUUUUUAUGAAGUUGGGGUCUCACAAGCGUGACAGGCUCUAAUCCAUUGUCGGCUACGUUUUGGAGCAAUUCGACGUAGGAGACACGGGUUCUCUCUCUAUUAUCCGCAUGUUCCGAG